ACAUACAUAUACACACAUAGGUUUUUUUCCCUUUCCUGUGAUAUACACGAUCACACGAUACCCGGCUAAGUUUCUUGGAUUUCCAGAAGGCCCGAGCAAAGCGGAUUGAAUCCCCUCCUCAAACCUCGUCUCCCUCCGUCCGCCGUCAUCUCCAGGCUACCGAUCGAUCCGAGUCGUCUUCCUCAGCUAGCUCUGCCCGCCGAGCAGCUGCUCGCGCAAUCCGAAGGCGUCGACCCUGGAAGAAGAUUGUAGCAUGAUGCGGUGCAGGUGAUGGUGAGCGUGCAGAGCCCCGGCGCGAUGGUGCGGUCGGAGGAGGACCUUGGCCCGCCGUGGCUGCGGCCGCUGCUGGGCACGAGCUUCUUCGUGCCGUGCCCCGCGCACCCGGACCUGAGCAAGAACGAGUGCAACCUCUUCUGCCUCGACUGCGCCGACGCCGCCGGCGCGCUCUGCUCCUACUGCGUGCCGGGGCACCGGGACCACCACGUCGUCCAGAUACGGAGGUCGUCGUACCACAACGUGAUCCGGGUGUCGGAGGUGGGGAAGCUGAUCGACAUCGCGCACGUGCAGACGUACGUGAUCAACAGCGCCAAGAUCGUCUUCCUCAACGGCAGGCCGCAGGCCAGGCCGGGCAAGGGCGUCACCAACACCUGCGAGAUUUGCUGCCGGAGCCUGCCGGACUCCUUCCGCUUCUGCUCCCUCGGAUGCAAGCUCGGGGGGAUGCAGUGGGACCCGACGCUUACAUUUGCCAUUCGGCCUAAGCGUGGCCAGGACUCCGGAGGUGACGGCUAUGGCUCUGACGAUGACUCAUUUAGCCCCAGGAAGCUCCGGAGGGCUGGGUUCGAGCUUGGCCGGUUUGACAGGGGGAUCCGGUGGUCCGAUGACGAGGGUAGCAAGUCCAACAAUGGGCCGAUGACGCCAACGACACCGCCGAACCGGUGCCGGCCGUCCAGGAGGAAGGGUAUCCCCCACCGUGCCCCAUUUUACGGUUAGACUCCAGUGAAACCAUUCAGUCUUCGCUCCACAUCCACCCAAAGUGAUGAACGUACCACUACUAGUAAGUAGUGAUACAAUGUGUGAUGCGUCAGUCGGGCCUGAGUGGUGAAGUGAUCCAGUUAGUAAGUCACUAGCUAGAUAUUAGCUAGCAUGGUAUAUAUAUACUUGUAUAUAUAUAGAUAAAUACAUACAUGCACAAUAAUGUAGGUGAUGUAUGUGUGUAAAUACGGAUAUAUUGACAAAGGUUGCCGAAUCGCAUCAGGCCAAGGCCAUGGCCUUGGGUGAUGGCCACUUCCAUGUAGAAAAAAUAAGGUGAAGAAGAAAGGGGUCAUGCAACACAGACUAGAAGCAUAGGUAGGGUUCUUAGUUCGAGUAAGGUCGAGAACUCGAGAUUGAUAUGUGAAAAGUAAUAAUCAUCAUGUAUUUGUCUCGGUUGUA